GGAAAAAGAAAAAAAAAAAACCAAGAAAAUUGUUUAACUGAUAUUUGCGAUAUCGCAACGAAACAUUCACUUUCGAAGAAAUUGUUCGUAUAAAGUUCGUAACAAUUUUCAAUAGACAAUUAUCAAUAUUCCUAUGAGUUAAAAUUUUUAUUUCUAUAAAUAGAUAUCUACGGGUAUGAUAUAACAUCGAGAAAAAGUACAUAAAUCAUUCUAUAUAUGCAUUUUAUAUACGCAUACAAAUUUUAAGUCAUUAAAAAUUAUUAUCAACUUUCCCAACAAUCAUCGAUUAAAUUUAAGAAAAGCGAAGAGGUGUGGAAACAUUAACAUCUUGUCGAAUUAUGUCUACAUUGAAUUCAUUUGUCUAAGAAAGAGAAAGGAAAUGAACUGAGGAGAAGACUAAACCACAAACGGAAGACACGAAUUUCAAAAGUAACCGGACGAGAUCAUUUCCAAGGUACAAUUCUUUCGGGCUUUUAGCAGAAGAAAAAACGUUUCGCGAUGGAAGACGAGACUCGUUCUUUCGCUUUGAGGAAACUAGUGUACGUACGUCUCACGGUACACUUAUAACAAAAUACAUGCUAUUUCCAUGGCGGGAAAAUAUCGUGUGAAAUCGUAAUGAGACAACUAUGUGGAAUGCUUGAUAGCUAAUAAAUCUCAUGUUUUUUGUUACGUGAUAUAAAAUUGAUAAAUCAAAAAAAAAAAAUCGAAAAAGAGAUCAAACGUAGAUAAAACUUCAUGAAAGACGUAAAAAAUUUAUUUCUUCUUAUCGCUAAUUAUAUGAUCGAAAUUAUUCUACUACGAAUUAUUGCAGAUGAUUACUAACUAUUUUUUUAAUAUAAUUAGAUAUGAACAUAAGAAAAUCAUCAGUGUAUCAGAUAUUUAUCUAAAAUCUUUAGAACACUCGAAACUUUUGACGAGUGGAUUUUUAAUGAAUUCGAGUAUUAUUUCGAGUCAGUUUCUUUGGCGAUAGUGCGAACAAUACCAUGUCCACAAUGCUAAACAUGAAAUGAACAAGAGUUUGUAACAACGAAGAAGAGGAAGAAGAUUGAAGAUAAAGUUAUUUCGAGAGAAUAUCUCGUAUAGAAGUUCCAAGACAGUUUCCAUUUCCAUUCUACGAUGUAUAUAGGUGGAAAACUUCUUGUAUCGAUAGUUUGAAAUACUCGCAAGUACCUUCGCAAGUUCUCUUACUUCGAAUUAGUCUUGGCAUUUUACGGAACCGAGAGUUACCGGAGACUUCGAAGUCCAUAGCGUUUACUGAAAAUCGAAGAUUUCUGCUUCGUCGAGCUCAUUAGACGCAUAGACGCAAGAAUUCGCGUAUCCAUUUACUAUUUACUAAUGAGGAUUACAAAGAGUUCGUUUUACCGGUAAAACAACGUCAUCCGAGCGCGUCGAUAUGUAAGUACUUACUUAUUUACUCGCACGCGUCGCAUGGACAAACACGAAUAUAGUCGUACCUUUUAAAAAGAAAAGGAAAGAGAAUUGAACUCGUUUACUUUCCUCUCUUUUUACUCUAGUCAUUUUCUUCGAAUUCUGUAGACCGAAAUAAUCAUCUCGAGUAGACUGCACUUUUACGAUAAUUUGUAAUACGAACAGAGGACUUUCUCUCUCUCUCUCUCUUUUUCUCUUUCUUACUGUUUCAAUAUCUCUCCUAUUUUUUAUAUUUUCAUUCUUCUUCUCAUUGUCUAAUCUUCUGAUUUUCGUUUUGUUAUUCCCACAUACGAGAAAACGGAUAUCCUGGAUAACCCGUGCGAACUAUCCGAAAGAAAGUUUUCCGUGGAAAGUACUUCCUCGUGCUGUGGCAGCAACGUGCAAUGUUCCUGAUUCUUAAAGCUUCUCACGUUACGAUAUUUCUCGCGAGCUUCUUCGCGAUUAUUAUAAUGGACAUCGAAGAAUCCGUAAGGCGUUUAAGAGGCAAAAUGAACGGACCAGUCUAUGCGUCCUCUUGUCCUGCACUACAAUCGAAUCUUUCUUUACAUAGUUCAUCGUACUAUAGCGAAUAUAGUGGUACAACCAGAAGACGAUUGUCAUCGACCGGUGAGGCCGAUACUUCCGCUACUUCCAGCUACGAAGGAAGCGACAGCUCCGAAAACAGCGACGAAUCACGAUUGGAUCCGGUCAGCCAAAUGGAACGCGAACAAUUGGAGACGUUCUUUCGUGGACUCAAGUCACAGGUAUUCGUAUGCGAAUCACUGGCAAACUUGUAUCUUGGUAGCGCCUCGCAAACUGAAAGGUGGGAACUUCGAUUCACCGGAAUACCGGUUGUCGUCCUCGAUCUUGGAGAAACACGAUCAAGAUCUAAAAGACGUAUUCAGAUUUUGUUAGCCGAGCGAGGCACUUGCUUCACAUUGUGGCGAGAAACUAUCGAUAAUCUUUCAUCCUAUAAGGUAUCGGGACCAGCAUUUCACACAAUGUGUCUCUCAUCGGACCACACACGUUUGGCUGGAUUAAGCUUCGACAAUCCGAAAGCAGCGAACGAUUUGUGGCAGCACAUAGAACGACUGGUCUCGUGUCCAGAGAACAUAAGUCUCUCUGUGCCAGGUAAAAAGAAAAAGAAGGUGCCGCAGAAGAAGGUCGUCCUACCAGCGAAGAGCAACAUAAGCCAGCCGUGCCAAUUCCAGCACGUGACGAGUGUCGAUGCUGCCGAUCGAUCGCGAUAUUUCUCCCUUCAAACGUUGGUGCCAGCCUUGAGCGAACUAGAGAACUCCCUCGAGGCAAGUUUCUGAGUCACGGACAACCUCGCGAAAUCCUCGUAGUUUCACUUCACCUUUUCACCUUAUAUCGAAUCGAAUCUUCUUUCUUUUUUUUUCUUUUCUUUUCUUUCCUUUUCUUUCCUUUUCUUUUCUUUUCUUUUCUUUUCUUUUCUUUUCUUUUCUUUUCUUUUCUUUUCUUUUCUUUUCUUUUCUUUUCUUUUCUUUUCUUUUCUUUUCUUGUUGUCUCUUUUUUUUUCUUUCUUUCUUUCUUUCUCCCUUCUCGACCGAUAUAUUUUUUCUUUUUUCUUUUUUUUUUUUACGAAAAAAGAAACUUCGUGCGGAGUUGACAAGAGUUCCGUUUUUUUCUUUUUCUUUUGUUUUUUUUUAUUAUUUUAUUUUAUUUUAUUUUAUUUUAUUUUUUUAGCACAAACAUUUCCCGUUUCCCGAUUAAAAGGAAAUAAUUUGCAAAGGAAAAUUGACGAUGAUAGGAAUCGAUAAAUUUCCAUCGAGUCCAGGUUAAAUUCACUUUCGGAUAAUUUUAUAUGAACUCUUCGAUAUUUCAUCGAUUUCAUCGUCAUGGAUUUUGUUAUAUCGUCGUUUCCGAAUACUAGAUAAAUGGAAGACUGAAAUUCAUCUAAGUUUUCGGGGGAUCAUUUAUUUUCGUUACAGGAUAUCGUUAUAUUAGAUGGAAUAUUGGAUUAUUUCGGAACUCUUUAAAAAAUUGAACGUCGCCUUUCAUAAAUCUGCAUAAUAAAGAUAAAAAGCUGAUUUUCUUUUAUAAGAAUCAUAUUGUUUCCUUUCGAAUCGAUACUCGUAAAAUACGAGAAACUACGACGAAAUUGCUAGGAAUUUGAAAGAAAUACUCGAAAUUUACAUUCAAUUAUUUUCCAGUGAAUAACGAAGAACGAGUGUUUUAAAGAGAAAUACAUGAAGCAUGACACGAAAUUAUAGAACGUAAUGAGCGAAAAGAUUACAUAAAAAAGAGCGUUAAAAACUUCGUUGUCUCGUUUCUGUAUAUUCAUUAUUAUUCACUUUUGUAUAUUCUGUCAUAGGCAUGCACCGUGCCCAUGCAUGUUAAUUUCACAAAACGUUAAAACAGAUUAUUCUUUGAAAAUAUAAAUUAGUUUCGUAAAAUUUCGAUUUUUUCUUUCUUAUUUACAAUUUACAAGAAAAACGCUCAAGGUUGUUAUCCGACGAUACAAUCACUAUAUAAACGUGAUCGUUGAAGCAUCUAACUUUAGAUACGUCUAUAGAAAUGAAUCUUGAAUCUAUAAGACGAUCUAUAAUAAGAAUCGUUUAAUCAUAAAUCAUCAUUACAAUGUUAUUAUAUUAUACGCGAUAUAUGAUGCGUAAGUUUAAAAACCCAUGUAAUGUGUAUGUAGAUAUAACUCUCGUAACUUUCCCUUCCAAGGCGUUACGCUGUUUGUAGAAAUUGUAAAAUUUCUCUCUGCAUUUGUUAACGCGAUCUGUGUUUACGAUUUUAGCCAAUCAUUAGAGAAAAAUUUCCUAGCGAAAAUAUUUCUCGCGAUAUGAAUUUACCUUCUUUGAAACAGUCGGUAAAAUUGAUCACUACAUUUCCGUACUAUAAAGCUUGCUCUGCUGUUAGUAUGUAAAACUUAUCAAUUAUUAAAAAGUUGAAAAAGAUAAAGAAUCAUCAAUCAAAAUAAAGAAAAGUUAAAAUUUCAAUAAAAAUUAAAAAAUUAUAUCAUCACUCUUUCGAAUAUAAUGUCUUUGCUCUACGAUAUAAUGCGUUUAAUAAAAUUAUAUAGUUUCCGAUAUUACCGACGCAUGCAACAUAUGACAAUCUGUACGAUCCAAUGUAACGUGCUUUUCUUCUAUCUAUCUCGAUGUAAAAUUCUGUCGAUUUUCAAAAAUUUCAACGUUUAACUUCAAAGUAGAUGACAAACGUUCCUUUUUGAAUAUUCAUUAAGAAAUAUUAUCGAUAUCUAUUAUCGAUAUGUCUUACCGAUAAUAAAAAAUCAAAGCUAACAUUACGAAAUAUUUCGUGUGCAGAUUGUUAAUUAACAGCGAUCGCAAUAAGACUGGUCUUACCAUCCACAUUAAAAUAUCCUACAAUUAGUAAACGUAGAUCAAAGAACUCAUCUACAUGUCAAACUAUUAUUAUAGAUAAUAGAAUUAUUUUUAUUCUAAUUUCAUUUUACUUUUUAGAAUACGUUUACGUUAAGAGCAAACCUUUUUGUAUUAAGAAUAUAUAAGUAUCUCGUUUUACUGGUUAUCUCGCCAAUCAAAUCUAUCAUACUUACGAUUAAUUAGAUUUUAUGAUGUGUUGUAAUCUCGAUGGAAUUUACUCUACGAUUCAUUAUAAUUGAGUACGACAUAAUUUCAAUUAACCGAUUAAUGAAUUUAUAAGUUUUGUGAAUUCCACAGAUUUAAAUGCUGUUAUGUAAGCUAUAUCUUCGAGAUAUCAAUUAGUAUUAAUUUCUUUAUCUACGACUGUGAUAUAAAUAUAUUUGUAUCGUUAUGUUUCAUAAUAUGUAUCGUCAUUAAUCAUUGCGAAUGAAACAAGAUCAUAAAUAUCGUUAUCUAUGUAACAAUUGUGGUAAUAAAUAGUAUCUUGAAUCUUAAA